GAAUUUCCUCUAACCCAUCUAUUGCAACCCUUCAGAGACUAUUACUUACAAGCUGAGCAUUCUGUACCCGCUCUAAUCCAGAUCAGACAGCACAACAGCGAAAGGGGCAGGAAUGAGCUGCCUGGACGAAGUACCGUUCCGAACGGCCGGGAGCUUCGAAGGCGGCUCGGCGAGAGAGAGCGCUUGGGUGAGCGCGCCGGCCGUCGACGUUCCUGACUGCGCCGAGCUCCUCGUGAGCACCAUGGUGAGCCGACCCCUUCCGGGAGCCGCGGCCGGGUCCCUUCCCGCGGCCGGCGUUAAAGGGAUGAGGCCUGCGCUGGCCAGGCUUGCAGCCCUGGCGCACGUAGUCCUGCUGCUCGGCAAGGAGGCAGCGCUGGGGAGAGCCAAGGACGGCGGGACCGGCGCCUGCCCCGUGCGGAGGAGCGUGAGCCUGAGCGCCGCUGCGGAGGGUUACGGGCACGCCAAGGGCCGAGGCGCCUUAUCCGACACAGAGAGCGAGACCUGGCACUCCGAGGAGGAAGAGUACUUUGAGGAUGACGAGUAUUCCUCGACCUCCUGGGAAGAAAGCGACAAAGAGGAGAAAGCUCGAAGGAAGAACGUCGCAAGAGCUGUCGCUCCCUGCGCUGGCCUUCACCAGGCCAGGCCCAAGACGUCGCCGGGCUUGCUGGAGCCCACGUUGGAAAACGGCUACCGCAGGCCGGCGAGCCCAGACCCAGCCAGGCAGAGGAGGUCCAUGGUUAUAUUCAACAACAUGAAGAAUGAGCUGGAAGGAGCCCGGAGGAAGCUGGCUGCUUUAGUGCAUCCUUUAAAUAGAGCUUAUAUGGAGAAGAAACAGGCCUGCACGCUGUCGUCCCUCCACCAGCGCUCCCGGAGUAGCAGGAACUUUAAAUACCGCUCUGCCUCCGACACCUCCUGGCCGGGGACUCUGACGCCCACUCCUCCGGCUCCUCCUUGCUGCGGUCCCCGGGCGCCGUCCUCUGCUGCGUCGAUACCGCCGAUAAAAAAGCAUAAGCCCACCGUUGCGUCGCUCAGCCCCUACGCCUGCCUCCCGCCGGCCUCCGCGCCGGCCCGGCCGCUGAGUUCCCACAGAGCUCAUCCGGACUCGGCGGCCGACCUGCUCUCGGCACUGAGCCAGGAGGAGCGCGACCUCAUCGAGCCCGUCAUAGCCUUGGGCUACCCGGCCCGCAAAGCUAUCCUCACCCUCCAGAAGACGGGAAAGCAGAGUUUAAGUCAGGUUGGUGGAGCUGCUGUCGCUUUACUGAAAUGCUAUGGGAAGCACUCGGUAAAGAGCAACCGAACCUGCCUUAAAAAGCAGCGUGAUAAAAUCGCUCCUCUCUCUUCCUCCUUCUUCUUGCAGGCUGCCGAAUUCUUGCAUCUCUUAGCUCAGUUCAACGACAUGGGCUUCCAGCAGAACGAAAUCAAAGAGGUUCUUCUGCUUUGUGAGAAUCACAGGGAAAAGGCGCUGGAGGAGCCACGCGGCGAGCCCCGCCUCGCUUCCUCAUCUCGCGGAUGA